GGCUCUGCGUGAGCCAAUAGGAAAGAGUCUCAUUUACUAUACGUAUGACCUAGGCUACUGCUAGCCUUUUAGCUGAUUUGCUAAGAAGAAAGAAAAUGGAUUCUCCCAUACUGGAACCAUCCUUGUACACUGUCAAAGCAGUUCUGAUUCUGGACAACGAUGGAGACAGGCUUUAUGCCAAGUAUUAUGACGAUACAUACCCGACAGUGAAGGAGCAGAAGGCGUUUGAGAAGAACAUAUUCAACAAAACACACAGGACAGACAGUGAGAUUGCAUUACUUGAGGGCCUCACUGUUGUUUAUAAGAGCAAUAUAGACCUGUUCUUUUAUGUGAUUGGAAGUUCACAUGAAAAUGAGCUUAUGCUUAUGGCUGUUCUAAACUGCCUUUUUGAUUCUCUCAGCCAGAUGUUGAGAAAAAAUGUUGAGAGGAGGGCUUUGUUGGAGAAUAUGGAGGGGCUCUUCUUGGCAGUGGAUGAGAUUGUAGAUGGAGGGGUGAUCCUGGAGAGUGACCCACAGCAAGUUGUGCACCGUGUGGCGCUUAGAGGGGAUGAUGUGCCAUUGACGGAGCAGACAGUCACCCAGGUUCUUCAGUCUGCCAAAGAACAGAUCAAGUGGUCACUUCUACGAUAGUCACUCCUGCACCACUUCAUCUUUGAGCCGCUGUUCAGCCCAGUCUUCAUGGCACUGGUUCUUUUCCUCCAAUUUCCACUUACAAGUGGACUACUACUUGACAAAGUUUUAUCUCCCAGCUUUAUCUUUGCUCUUUCAUUGUAUGACAUAAUCAGGACAAGAACAAGAUAUGGUGUACAUUCCAGUACCAGGGCCGGCCGAUUGUGUUUCUGUGCC